GAGAGCCAAUUGCGGUGGAACUCUUCCAGCGACCGCGAAGCCGUUUUGUCUGCGCUUCAGUUAGGGUCUAGGAGCCGCCAGUUGGAGAACAUCAAUUCAACAUGACAGAACCGACAGCAAAUGUCGGGAAAGCUGUUGGCGAAGACGGGCUUUUGCCGCUGUUGAGCACUGAAGAAAUGCUGGCGCGGAACAUCGUGCCGGUGAAAGCGGAAUACCUUAUUCGCAAGCCGGCACUGAAACCCGCGGCGGCUGGAACAGAGCCGACGGCUGCCGGCGCAAACGGCGCCGGGGCUGUGCAGGACCCGACGGCUGCGGGCGGCAAGGGGAGCGGCGAGGCCAACGCCAAGCCUGAGGAGCAGAGCAAGAGCCAGGGCCGCAAGCAAAUGCGCAAGGACGUCAAGGCGGGUCGCGGCGCGGACCUGUGCUCCAACCACGCCUUGGGCCGCUGCACCUACGGCGACACCUGCCGCUUCAGUCACGACAUUGGAGCUUUCAUCCGCUCCAAGCCCGCGGACCUACCCGGCAGCUGCCCCUUCCUGGCAGCCACCUCCGAGUGCCCCUACGGCGUCACGUGCCGCUACGCGCGCAGUCACACGGCGCCCGUGUCGGACGACGCCAACCACCAACUGCUAGCCACGAUCCCGCCGCCGCCGCCCCUGGCCCUGUCCGCGCCGCUGCCCUCCACCGCAACCGCUGAUGAGGCGGCGGAGGCGGAGGCGGAGGCGGAGGCGGCGGGUCCGCUGCCGCUGCCGGUGCCGGCUGCUGGCGGCAUGGUGAAGGAGCAGAACGUGAUGAAGAAGGAGGUGCAGGCGCAGCUGUGGAAGAACCGGUACGACUUCUCGAAGGCCGACGGCAUUCUCAAAGAGAUGGGGCUGCGGAUCAGCUUCAAGCAGAGCGGCGGCGGCGGCGGCGGCAGGGGAGGAGAUGGCGGCGGCCGCGGUGGCGGCGGCAGGGACGGCGGCAGGGGUGGACGCGGCGGCGGCCGUGGCGGCGGCAGGAAGGGUCAGCAGCAGCAGCAGCAGCAGCAGCAGGAGGAGAAGGAGAAGGAGGACGGAGCUGGGGAGGGGAAGAAGCAGGCUGGGGCGGAGCGGGCGCCGGAGGCGAUGGAGGCGGAGGGUGCUGCGGGUGAGGCGGCGGCGGCGGACGUGGCGGAGGAUGACGACACGCGGGAGGCCAAGCGCCGCCGCACGGAGGGCUCGGGCGGCUCCGAGGCCGCAGAGGGCGCCAAGGCGGCGGCGGCGCCGGCAGUAGCUGCAGGACCGGCUGUAGCAGCAGCACCCAGCUCGGACGCGGCGGCGGUGGCUGCCCUGGCGGCGUCAGCGGAGGAGGAGGAGGCCGCCAAUGCCGCCGCCAACCCCGCAGCAACAGCGGCGGCGGCGGCGGCGGCUGACAAGGCGGAGGGCAGUACGGGUGUGGCGGCCCUGAGUUCGCGUGUGCACCCGGGGGAGCGGCGAAAGCUGGACCUGCGCGGCAAGACCUACCUGGCACCACUCACCACUGUGGGCAACCUGCCCUUCAGGCGCAUCGUCAAGGGCCUGGGCUGCGACGUGACAUGCGGCGAGAUGGCGCUGGCCACAAACCUGCUGCAAGGCCAGGCCAGUGAGUGGGCGCUGCUGAAGCGGCACCCGUGCGAGGACCUGUUUGGAGUGCAGGUGUGCGGCGGCUAUCCCGACGCGUUGGCGCGUGUGGGCCAGCUGCUGAGUCAGGAGUGUGAGGCGGUGGACUUCAUGGACAUCAACAUGGGCUGCCCCAUCGACCUGGUGUGCGACAAGAACGCGGGCAGUGCUCUGCUGCGGCAGCCCAAGCGCAUGGAGCAGAUCGUGCGCGCCACGGCGGCGGCGCUGGGCGAGGUGCCGCUCACGUUCAAGACACGCAAGGGCUACAACGACGGAGAGGACGUGGCGCACACCUUCCUGCACCGCGCGGGCGAGUGGGGCGCCGCCGCCGUGACGCUGCACGGGCGCACGCGGCAGCAGCGCUACUCGCGGCUGGCGGACUGGGACUACAUCGCACAGGUGGGCUCCAACUGCGCGGCCACGGGGCUGCAGCUCAUCGGCAAUGGCGACGUGUUCAGCUACACGGACUGGAACGCGCACAUGGGCGAGUCGGGCGGCCACCUGGCGGCGCUCAUGAUCGGGCGGGGGGCGCUGAUCAAACCCUGGCUGUUCACAGAGAUCAAGGAGCAGCGGCACUGGGACAUCAGCGCCGGUGAGCGGCUGGAGCUGUACAAGCAGUACGCGGCGGCGGGGCUGGAGCACUGGGGCGCCGACAGCCGCGGCGUGGAGAACACGCGGCGCUUCCUGCUGGAGUGGCUCAGCUUCACACACAGGUAUGUGCCCGUGGGCCUGAUCGAGGUGCUGCCCCAGGCCAUGAACCACCGCCCGCCCGCCUACCGCGGCCGCAACCCGCUGGAGAGCCUGCUGGCCAGCGACGACCCGCAGGACUGGCUGCGCAUCAGUGAGAUGCUGCUGGGCCCGCCGCCGGCGCCCAUCUCCUUCGCCGCCAAGCACAAGUCCAACAGCUACGCCUCGGUGCCGGGGGGCAGCUCGGAGGCGGACAUGGCGAGGGGGUAGCGCUGUGUGUGUGGGGGGGGCAGCUGGUGUGGUAAGGGGGUAGGGUGCGGUAGGGUGCAGCUGCGAGGGAGUAGCGCGAGGGGGUGGUGCGGUAGGGUGCAGCUGUGGUAGGGGGCCUUCCCGCGUGUACCGUAUGCGUCAUCUGACUACUGUUCGGGUGGAGAGGGGGGAGCGGUGACGCAGGGUGGGGUACUGGCGUGCGGGUAGUGUGAUGGCGCGGGGGUAUGCCGUAAGGGCGGGUGGCGGCACUGCGGCGCUGUAAGUGUGGCUGAAGCGGGGGCACCGUAGGGGUGGUGGGAGCAGGCAGCGGUGUGAGGCGGUGCAGGUAGCUAGGGGGAGCGAAGACCCCAUCCACCCGGAGUGCGCUGGACUCCUGUACUUGUAGCUAGCUCGGCCUGGGGAAACUGCAAGUAAGGCCGCGGGCAGCAGCCAGCGGCAGUCCGCCGGUGCCUGGGCCGCGGACUGCGCGGUGGUCGUGGUGAGGUCUGGAGGCCUGGCGGUCUGGAGAGUGUUGCUCGCUGGUGUUGGAAGGCUGGCGAUCUCGGACAUGUAUGCAUCAGCAGUACAAGGGGCAACAAGGGACACACUCACACACCAGCUGCUGAGCAGCACCGCCGGUCUGUGGAGAGCUCGGGGUAGAUGGAGCCGGUCUGGGGAUGAGAGGUAGCCGGUAGUGGCGUCGUGCGCGGCACUGGUGCAUGUGUGGUGGAGUCUUGUCCAUUUGUUUGCUGACGCACGGCUCGCUCGAGGCCGCUGCCAAUGCGGUUUUGCUGUGGACUGUUCGGAGUGCGGGGUGGCUGUGGUGCCGCAUUUGCUGCUGCUAGUGUUGCCGAUGCUGCUAGUGCUGCUAGUGCUGCUGCGGGCGGGCGAACGGCAAGUGGGAGGGCGUGUCGGCAGGUGCGGCGCAGUGAGAGCACACUGUGUGGCGGUGCGGGGGGCAUGCACGGGUGUCACGUGCGUGUGCGCGGCGGACUCGGAAGUCAUGCGCUCGUGAUGGAACAUGGCAAGGGGCAGGAAAGCGUAGUCCCGAUGUGUGUGGCUCCCACCCGUGCCCACAUAAAUGCGUAGCAAGAAGGGACAAGGCAUUGGUGCGUCGUUCGCGCGCUGUUACUGUACCGACGGUAGCUGGCAGGUUGUGUCGAUGUUUUGCUGACGCGCAUUCCUCACGCUCCGGGCGCCCGGCCAAGGCGAUAGCACCACACAGACUCAAUGCGACGCCACACCGCGCGGAUAGCAUAGCCGAUGCGCACCUGCAGGCAGUCGACCGGCGUCCACGGAUGAGCUGUGUAGACGAGCACUAGCGUAAUGCAACGGCGUGCAGCAAAACAAUGGCCGGGCGACAGUGUGACAAACAGGGGCAAGAACAAGGCGAAGCAAAGCAGAAGAGGGGCCCGAAUGUGUACGACAAUUGUGGCGGGCAGGCCGAAUGCGGUGCAACACGCCAACAACACAACCGGAGGUGAGGAAGCGUUGCUGAUGGUGAGGAUAGGUGCUGCGACGUUCGGUAGGGGAGCUGUGGCCGCGCACUAGUUGGGAGGAAGUUUCCGAGGCGUUGUUUCCGAGGCCUUGUUUGUGGCUGAUGUUUGUGGCUGAUAAAGAAAGAAGCAGAGUUUCGGCUGUGAGCGGCUGGCGAGGAGAGGCGGGGGCUGUUGCGUUUUGGAAGGCGGGCGGAAGGCCGCACACGCUGGGAGUCGGGCAGGCUGUAGAUUUUGCUGAAGCUGCGUUUGAGAAGGGAGCCGAAGGGACAGCUGGGGUGGGACAGUUGGUGUGGGACAGCUGGAAGGGACAACUGGAAGGGACUACUGGAAGGGACAGCUGGGAGGGGACAGCGGAUGUGGGACUGCUGGGGUGGGACAGCUGGGGAGAGGCACGGGACAGCUGGGGAGAGGCACGGGACAGCUGGCAUGGGACGCUGGGUGGCUGCAGAGGCUGGCAGCGCUGGGGCUGGUACGUAGGUGGGUACUUGGGUACGUGGCUGGAGUCAUGCGCUGCGGAUGUCACGUCGGCAUUUGGAACGGCCAAUGAUUGCUUCAGGAUCUCUGUUU